UCAUCCCCGUCGCCACGUAGUGUACAUUGUGGAGUCGGUACUCCGGGCCAGCAAGAGCAGCUGUUGUGGAAUCGUUCCAGCCCGUGUUUUCCAGCCUGAUGUCCGCUGGAGAACAUUAUAGCGCAAUUCGUUUCGUCUCCGAUGAGACUACUUACCCCCCGGACCACGAGAAGGUCUGCGCAGGACUCGUCAACGACGACGAGCCCUCCCGGGGGCAUGUCCGGAUACUGGCUCAGGCCUCGCGGGGCUGGAGGAACCAUGUCCGGAUACUGGCUCAGGCAUCCGCCCUCAUGAACGUCGAUUUUGUCCGGAUUGCAUCAGGCAUACCCCCCUCAAAGUGGCCUGUUUCUGUCCGGAUUGGGAUCAGGCCUCUCCCCCAAUUAAUAGGGGUCCUUGAACGAUGGACUCGAAUCUGUCCUUAUAUCAAAGCGAUGAACAAACGCCACCUGCACACGCGCCAGAAUCGCCGUUCCGUUGACCUACCACCAGGUCGCUGCUCUCGUCACGCUUGCCAAUGCUCUCAGCCCCUACGCAUGUGCCAGGGACUGUCUCAUCGAGUACUUCGGAUCAUGACGACUCCACAUCCAGAGCCCUCGCGUCGUUUGGUCAACUCGACGUAUCGCCCCGCAUCUCGACAGCUCCUGUAUACGCGAUGGGCUGCGAGUGGGUCUAGGAGGGAGGAGAGUGUGGCAGUCAUAGUCUAGCGCUGCGACCUCAGAGGUUCCUCCGGCGUGCUGGCCUAGACCAUCCAUACCAGCAAUCUUCUGCUGUAGACGACUGACCACCGCUGGGAUCUAUACACCAGAGAUUGCCUGGUCUCGUAGGGACGCCGCGACUCCCGCGGCACGUCACGGUGUUGGGGCGAUCCUACUCCCUGUCCCGCUGCGGGCACCUCCCACAAACUCUUGACUAGAGGUUUCAUUUCUUCUGUAUUUAUACGCGUCGCUGGGGCAUCACCGGUUCACCGCUCGCCGUUAUCCCUCCGUCAGUGGCACGGAGCCUACGUUCUUGUCUGAUCCUGUCUGGGAAUAGACAAUUGUCACUGUCAUGUUUCACGUUAAGGUUUUAUCGUCAU